CAAAAACUACAGAGCAACGUACUACUCACUUUUCCCAAAACGUUUUUACCCCCAAUUUCCCUCCCGAGGCCAGAGGAGGGUUUAAAUCAAAAACCCUUACUGAGAGAGAGAGGAGGGGUAGUGAGAGAGAGGAGAAAUCGAAAUGGAGGGCGUUUCAUACCAGAGAUUCCCCAAAAUCAAAAUUCGGGAGGUGAAGCACGACUACAUGCAGUUCGAGCUGCGAGAGACCGACGCUAGCAUCGCCAACGCUCUCCGCCGCGUGAUGAUCGCCGAAGUCCCCACCAUCGCUAUAGAUUUGGUGGAAAUCGAGGUGAACUCCUCCGUGUUGAACGACGAAUUCAUCGCCCACCGCCUUGGCCUGGUCCCUCUCACCAGCGAGCGCGCCAUGUCCAUGCGCUUCUCCCGCGACUGCGACGCCUGCGACGGCGAUGGCCAGUGCGAGUACUGCUCAGUCGAGUUUCAUCUGCGCGCAAAGUGCAUUAACGACACGACGCUCGAUGUUACCUCGAAGGACCUCUACAGCUCGGACCACACAGUUGUUCCCGUCGAUUUUUCCGAUGCUUCGUCCACAGGCGAUAACGCGGAUAAUAGGGGAAUCAUCAUUGUAAAGCUUCGCCGAGGUCAGGAGUUGAUUUUGAGGGCGAUAGCACGGAAAGGAAUCGGCAAAGAUCAUGCCAAAUGGUCACCUGCAGCAACUGUCACUUUUAUGUAUGAACCUGAGAUCUUAAUCAACGAAGAGUUGAUGGAAACCUUGACCAUGGCAGAGAAACAAGAAUUUGUUGACAGCAGUCCCACGAAAGUAUUUGACAUUAAUCCCAACACUGGUCAGGUUUAUGUUGACAAUGCUGAGAAUUAUACAUAUGAUGACGAAGUGCUUAAGAAAGCUGAAGCAAUGGGGAAACCCGGCCUUGUGGAGAUCCAUGCCAAGGAGGACAGUUUCAUAUUCACCAUUGAGACAACUGGAGGCAUAAAAGCAUCUCAAUUAUUCACCAAUGCCAUCGAGGUCCUGAAACAGAAGCUGGACGCUGUUCGCUUGUCAGCAGACACUGUGGAAGCUGACGAGCAGUUUGGCGAGUUGGGAGCACAUAUGCGUGGGGGCUAAUUUCAUGUUCCGGACUGUUGUGACUGCAUCUUUCUUAUCAAGAUUUCAUGGAUAGCACGAAGUGUUUUGAAUCUAUUAAUAUGCCCAAAUCUGUGUCUGUAAUUGGGAACCACGAGACAUGAUUCCAUAAUAGCACAUCCCGCUCCAGACAAGGGUUAUCCGGUAUUAUACUACAUUUGGUGAAACAUUUUACGUGCAAUAUUAAUGUUUUUCUAUGUCUGUAUAAUUAUCAUUGCAUUACAUUUUAGUUGAGGAAGAGAAGUUUGAAAUUUAUAUACUGGUCUCUUGCCUUGUACAAAGGAGAUGAUCUCCCAUGCUGUGACAAAACAACUCAUCCCUUUUUUAAUUGCCUUGGACAAAAAUGUCCAUAAUUCUAAAAACAAGUAUUGAACCAA